CCUUCGUUUUCUCAGCUGUUUCUAGUCGAACAGUUGUCAUUACAGUACCGUGCUCCACGGUCAGUUUGUGAUGACAAAUUGUGUUUGUCAUUAACAUGUUCGCAAACAAGUCGGGCAGUGUCAUGUUAGGGUUGUGUCGCCGCAAAGCAGUGUCCGUUUGCAGCGUUGUUCAGAGUCUCGUGGGUAAUAACCUAUUCGGUUGGAAUGUGGGGUGCAAACAGCGGACUCUGUGGCUCCAGAUGAAUGUUGCGGAGCGGACACAACAGCGGGCCGUGCACCGUAAACUCAGUACAAGAGCAGUCCACCAAACCACAGUGGACCCUGAUGAGCUGAAACGUUUCCGAUUACUGGCCGGCAAGUGGUGGGAUGAAAAUGGCGAGUUCAAAGCCCUACACGCUAUGAAUGACCUGAGAGUGCCUUUCAUAAGAGAUAAUCUGCUGAAUAUGCACAAAGCACAGCAUCCUGGAAAACCACUUGCCGGACUAAGAGUACUGGAUGUUGGCUGUGGAGGCGGUCUGCUCACUGAGCCUCUUGGUCGCCUGGGAGCCAGCGUGUUAGGUAUUGACCCAGUGGAAGAAAACAUUGGCACGGCACAGCUGCAUUCGUUGUGUGACCCCCACCUUGGCGGGCGGGUCAGCUAUCGGGCGUGCACCCUGGAGGAGCUGUCGGCAGAUGUUGCGGGAGGAGAGACGGACCGGGGAGACACGGUGUUCGAUGCCGUCGUAGCGUCCGAGGUCGUGGAACAUCUGGCCGACCUGGAAACAUUCGCCUUCUGCUGCAGCCGCAUACUGAAGCCAGGCGGCUCACUCUUCAUCACCACCAUUAAUAAAACCAACCUGUCAUACGCGUUGGCUGUAGUGGCGGCUGAGCAGCUGCUUCGCAUCGUUCCCAGGGGGACACACGACUGGGAAAAGUUCAUCAGCCCGGUAGAACUGGAGCGCCUUCUGGAGUCCAAUUGUUUCUCAGUGCAGUCGGUCCAAGGUAUGAUGUACAAUCCAGCAUCAGGAGCCUGGAGCUGGAUCAACAGCACUGCCAUCAAUUAUGCCCUGCACGCUGUCAAACUGGCUGAGGAACCCCCAUCAAACCCUCAAACGGACAAGGCAGACAACUCCGCAGCUUCACAGAGCUGAGCCACGGAACAUAGACAUCGGUCAAGAAAUUUGAGCCGCUUGCUGUUUUGCACAACUCCGCAGCAGACAAUUAUCGAAAUGACUGUCAGAAGCAGAGCCGCAGCUCCACAUUGCAUCUCUUUGAACGCUCAGAGCUCAUCUUGAAUAAUUCCAACUCAAUUGGCUGAAUAUUGUGAGCACGAGUGCAACGUGUUAUUUGUGUCGGGGAUGCUCACAAUAAACAGUUCCGUGUGAGUUUGCCGCCACAAGGCUGUGUAUUUUUAGCGUGGAAGCAGGAAGAGGGGGCAGUCACGUGCUUGUGAGGGUGGAGAGCAUUUCACGUGCCACUACUGUAUUAUGUAAUCGGAAUAAAGGCAAUGGCAGAGAAUGAGUCACGUUUUGUCUGAUGUCUAAAUAGUUGGGAUGUGAGAGCGAGAGCACGUUUUCAAUUACUGUGCAUGUAUUCUGUGGGAAUCCACCCUCUAUAGCGGGGAAGUGAUUACUUCAUCUGAUUCAGCUGAAUUUGUUUGCUCACUUACAAAGAAAUUAUCCCCAGUC